GAGAAGAGCUACAUGGUGCAUGGUGAACAGGGUGAGAGUGCGGUGGGCCUCCUUCCUGUCUUUGCACUUCUGAGGAAACAGAGGGGGGAAAAGGGUAUUGACAGAGGCGGUUCUAGACUAGAAAGACUCAGUGAGAGGGAGAUAAAACAAGAGGCAGAGACAAGAGAACAGCAGACUAAACAGUCAUAUCUGUUAGAGCAAGAGUGGAGAGGGUAAGAAAGGCUUUUCAAUUAAGAAAGAGAGGACGACUAAGACAGAAAAAGGCAAGCUGAGAACAGAGAGCUGAGACGGGGAGGAGCAGACACUGUCAAAAGGAUGUGCAAAAAGAGUCUGCAGGAUCAAAAACUGAAGAAAAAGUUUGAUGAAGGAAAAAAAACACACUGGAUUGCUGUGCUCCCACAUCUCUCUGCACUUUACCCCACAUUUAAACUGCAGCUGUGCUGAAAUCUCUACCGAAGGAAUAUCGAUGAGCCAAAUGAUCAACAACCCUGAAGUUGUCACUCCUCAGACACAAUGACCACCUUCUCUUCUGCCUCUUCAUUUCCCUUCACUCUUUCAGCCUCUGCAUCGUCUAACUCCUCUCAUACUCUCUCUACUUUAUCCCUCCCUGUUUCGAUGUCAUCCUUCUUCGCUACCACCUCUCCCCCAAACCAAACUGUGUGUUCGUUUGAUGACACCACCCUCCGUCUGCCGCUGGCGGUCAUAUACUCCCUGUUCUUCAUCUUUGGGCUCGUGGGUAACCUCUUCGCACUGUGGGUCUUCCUUUUCCUACAUUCAAGCCGCAACUCUGUGCGGGUGUUCCUCAUCAACUGUGCUGUGGCUGAUCUGGUCCUCCUGGCGUGUCUGCCAUUCAGGGUUUUCUACCAUGUUAAUGGCAACAAGUGGGUACUGGGAUCUGUAGCCUGCAAGGUGGUCGGGAAUCUGUUUUAUAUGAACAUGUACAUCAGUAUUACGUUACUGGGGCUUAUCAGCUUGGACAGAUACUUGAGGUUAAAGGGGAAAGGCAGAGCGCGGAGAUGCAUGAGGAUGACGCUGUGUGGGCGCAGCUGGUCGUGGAGCUGGGUGGCGUGCGGAGCUCUGUGGGGUCUGUCACUGGUGCCGCUGGUGUCAAUGAUCGCCACAGCAGAGGACAAAGAGGGCGAGGACAAGGAGAAAUGCUUCCAAUACAAGAAGCGUGUACAAGCCAAAGGGAAAGCCUACUUCAACGGGGUGCUGGUGUUUUUGUUCUGGCUUGUCUUCAUCAUGCUGGUGGUCUCCUAUGCAAAAAUUGCUUCCCAGUUGCUGAGGGUGUCGCGGGACAAGCCGGACCUUCCCAACGCACAGCGAUAUGAACGAACUGCCAAGAAGUCUUUCUUUGUCCUCUUUCUGUUCACCGUCUGCUUCGGGCCCUACCAUGCCUUUCGCCCCUUUUACAUCAUCUCCCAGCUCAGGGAAACAGUAUCUUGUGACUACUUGAAACUGAUAGACCAUACCAAUGAGGUGAUGCUAUUGUUCUCUGCCUUCAAUAGCUGUUUGGAUCCUGUCAUGUACUUUCUGUUAUCUGGCUCAGUGCGUAAAACCGCCCUCCAAGCACUUGGACAUAGACUUGGCAACCGGCUUCUCUUCCUAAAUGAAGCAACAUCAAACAGCUCAAUGGAGUUCAGACGACCAUCUGUACCUAUGGCUUUUCCUAACCGUGAACUUAACACGCCCUCAGUCACCCCCAGAACAAGUAUCUGUGUCAUCAACUCCAACCUUUGUCGCCCUGGCCUGACCACGCUUCCAACUACUGGCCAACAGUGAUCAUAAGUUUGUCUGAUUGCAAAUAAUGUAACCAUGAACACUGAAAAAUAAAUAUCUGACAUUAUCAAAGUAA